GGUGCAGAUUCGUGUCCGCUGCACUUACUUUACUGAUAAUAUCGUUAGCUUGAUAAAAAGUAAACAAGUGCAAAGUUUCUACAAAACAAAAGUGGAAAUUGCAAUCAUUCGGCUGUGUCAGAAUAUAAUUUCGAAAUGAAACGUUUCGUUGUCGCAUUACCUAGUGUACUGGGUAGAAAUGCACCAAAAUCAAAGUUGCUAAAGAAUGAAAAAAGUGUCAGAACUUUGCAAGUGGGGAGAACGUUAUCUGACGGUUUCACAGACCAUUCCACGACACCUUUUCCAGAGUUUGACACGUUUGCCACUCACGAUGAGCUUUACCAGUUUAGUCUGAACUCGCCAGACUUUUUCUGGGGCACACUGGCAAGAUCUCGUAUUAAUUGGUAUAGAGAUUUUGGAAGGGUUAAAGACUGUGAUCUUACAAGAGGUCACAUCAGGUGGUUCCUUGAUGGAGAGUUAAAUGUAUCAG